AAAUACUUUCCUAAAGAAACUUACUUGGUAAGAAAUGAUAGUAAAACCAAAUUGCUUAGGGAAGUAAGACAAAUAUAGAUAACUAUAGAAAGAAAGAAAGAAUCUAUUAUUUUAGGACACCACAGACACGAAUUACUUACAGAUAACAUCACAUCACAAGACAAAGAGCACACACAUUAAAAUACAUACGUAAAACUAAGGCUAAGAUAUGGGUGUCGGUGACAUACUGUUCCUGACUGGCACGGACAUGGUGAACGCAUUCGUCUUGCUGUCAGGGCUCGUCAUGCUUCCUACAAACUUGCACAUGCUGUGUUCUAUUGCCCAGAACAAGAAUAUCAGCCACAAGUCGACAGUAGCCUGUUGUCCCCUCUGGCUGUGUAUUCUCUGGAUUAUUAUAGUCAAUCUCAUUGGGGCCGCUAUGUGCGUUGCAAGAAUAAACAACUGCAAAGUGUUAGUUGAUAAACAAAUAGCGGAAGGCAUGAAGCAUUAUAGAACUGGUUCUAAAUACAAACGUUUUAUUGAUAACUUGCAAUGGACACUGAAGUGUUGCGGGUUGAACUCUUACAAGGAUUGGUUCACGCGUGAUUGGUACGACAAGAUCCGCGACUAUGAAUUUGAACCCUCUUCAACACGUAAACGAAUGGCGAAUACAAAAGCGGUACCGUCAAUUACUGAUAGUGUUCCGUUGAGUUGCUGUAAAAGUGGAUCCUGCAUAUCCAACUAUCUGUUGGAGCUGGGCACAUACUCCAUAAACACGAGUGGGUGCAGCCGGCGGAUGAACAACAUUAUCAGGAUAUCGAUGUGUGUCCAUCUUGCUGUGUUCAUGCUGGUCGUUAUCGUAGAGGUCAUGAUAUUAAGAUUGAUUAUGAAGAAGCAAUGCAAUACCGAACAUAGUGGAAAAAGGAAAGGAGAUUAUAACGUGAGACAUAUAAUGGGCGUGAAAGAUAAUUUCCAUGCAUCCAGCGAAUCUUACGUUAUCCAUCCAGAAGACAGCGACGUGUCUUCGAGACAGUAUCAUGAUGAAGUGCCGCAAAUAUGUCCAUCUUCACCUUAAGUAUUACAAGAGUUACAAAUAGUACCUACCUAUGAUAUAAUGUGCUUAUAGGUACCUAACUUAAUGUUUUCCUAGGUUAAAUGUUUAUGUAGUUUAAUGUGGUUAAUUAUUUUAAACAUGUUUAAUAUAGUUUUUGAGUA